AUGCCAGCCCGCAAGAGCGACGCCGCCGCCGCCGCCGCACGCCGAAGCGAUGUCUCCGUCGCAAGAUUCGUCCUCGCCGAUGACGUCCCAGACGCCCCAGAUACACCAAUGUCGACCGAGCCACCUGCCUCUGCAGCAGCUGCUGCUUCUGCCCCUCCAGCACCAACGCCGUCCUCCGCAGAAACCCCAGCUCCCACCUCCCACCCAGUAGCACCACCAGGCUCUGCUUCGCCAAACGACAAGAGACCAAAAUCCGGCGGCGGCGGUGGCGGUGGUGGUGGUGGUGGCCCAAUGUCGGAAAAGGGGGACAAGGACAAGGAGGAUGCAGUCACAAUUGAGGACCUCGCCCUCCCAAAAUCAAUCAUCACCCGCCUCGCCAAGGGCGUCCUCCCAGCCAACACGCAGAUCCAGGCCAAUGCGAUUUUGGCCUUGACAAAGUCGGCGACGGUGUUUAUAAACCACUUGGCGAAUGCCGCAAACGAAAACACCCUCGCCUCCAACAAGAAAACAAUCAUGCCCCCCGAUGUCUUCAAAGCCCUAGAUGACAUUGAAUACGGCUUCAUGAAGGAGAGAUUAGAACUCGAGUUUGCCAAAUUCAACUCAAUCCAAACCUCCAAACGGUCCACCUACCGCAAAAAAGUCGCGGCUGCCAAAAAGGCCGGCGCAUCAGCUGGUGGUGGUGGUGUAGGGGAGGCGUCGUUUAUGAGCACGGCUACUAAUGACGCUGGGGAUGAGGAGGAGGAAGAGGGGGAGGAUGUGGGGAAUGAUACUACCCAGGUUACGGAACGGGGUGGUGGUGGUGGUGGGGGGGGGGUGGGGGGGUUCGCGGCGGUGAAUAAGCCCAAGAUGGCGACGGCUGCUGCUGCUAGUGCUGAAACACCGUCGGGGGAGAGGAGCGCGAAGAAGGCGAGGUUGGAUGCUGGUGCGAAGAUGGAGGUUGAUGGGCAGGUUUCGGAUGCGGAGACUGUGGCUGAUGAGGAGGAGGAGGGAGAUGAGGAGGAGGAGGAGGAGGAGGCGGAAGAGGAGGAGGAGGAGGAGGAAGAAGAGGAGGAGGAGGGGGGUGAGGAGGGGAGUGAUGAUGAUGAUAAGGUGGGGAGGGGAGGGGAGGAGGAUGAGGCUUUGGAUGAUGAUAGUGAUUAA